AUGACCGGUCGCAGUCCAUCUCCGUCGCGCGGGAUGAAAAGAACUGCAGAUGAAGCAUUCAACAGAGCACCGCCACCCAUCCGCGCUCUUCAUCAGGAUGUCGUCAACAAAAUUGCUGCUGGAGAAAUCAUUGUCUCACCCUGGAAUGCAUUGAAGGAACUCAUCGAAAAUGCUGUUGAUGCUGGCGCAACGAUGCUCGAAAUCUUGGUGAAAGACGGAGGAUUGAAGUUAUUACAGAUCAGCGACAACGGCCAUGGUAUCAACAAAGCCGACUUGCCUCUGCUGUGUCAAAGACAUACGACCUCCAAGAUCAAAGAAUUCGAAGACCUCACUUCGAUUGGUACCUAUGGAUUUCGUGGAGAGGCUCUUGCCAGCAUCAGUCACAUUGCCCAUCUCACGGUGACCACAAAGACAAUGGACUCGAGUUGCGCAUGGAAAGCAUAUUACACCAAUGAAAAUCUUACACCGCUAAAGCCUGGUCAGCCUGCAGAUCCCAAACCUUGUGCUGGCAAACAAGGGACCCAGAUCACCGUCGAAGACUUGUUCUACAACGUGCCAACUCGCAGGAGAGCCUUCAGAUCGAGCAGCGAGGAAUACGCCAAGAUACUGGACAUCAUUGGCAAAUACUCCAUUCAUUGCAAAGGUGUUGCGUUCUCUUGCAAGAAACAUGGCGAGGCUGGAACCAGUCUCAAUGUUCAAAGUCACCUUACUACGGUCGACCGCAUCCGGACAGUGUUCAACAGCGCAGUUGCAAAUGAUCUGAUAUCCUUCGAGGCUGCCAAUGAACGCUGGGGCUUCAAAUCGGAUGGACUGAUCAGCAGUGCCAACUACUCAGCAAAGAAGUCGACAUUCCUGUUGUUCAUCAAUCAUCGCUCGGUCGAAUCAACAGCAAUUCGCAAAGCCAUUGACCAGACCUAUGCAACGUUCCUGCCGAAAGGAGGAAAGCCAUUCGUCUAUUUGAGUCUGGACAUCGAUCCGGCCAGGGUUGAUGUCAACGUGCACCCGACCAAGCGUGAAGUCGGAUUUUUGAACGAGGAAGAGAUUAUCGAAGUCAUUUGCGACGAGAUCCGUACAAGACUGGGUUCAGUCGACACAAGCCGAACAUUCAUGACACAGUCAUUGCUUGGACCAAAGAAGACCACAACACCCAUGACACCAUCAGCUCCUGGUCAAAGCGAGAUGUUGUCGUUCUCUACUCCUCUGCUUCAACACGAAGACAGCACAGGCUCUACAAAGUCCACAACUCCAAGAACAGCAGCGAAGCCAUAUGAGAACAACCUUGUCAGAGUCGACUCACGUGUUCGCAAGAUCACCUCCAUGCUUCCACCCACCUUAUCUUCCUCGCCGAGCAAAGGAAGCAGGGCAGAAGGACAAGGUACAGAAGAGACGGAGUAUGAAUUCGUUGAGAAGCAACAGACCACUAUUCGACUCACUUCGAUCAAAGAACUUCGUGCUACUGUCCGGGACGAGAUUAACAACACCCUGAGCGACAUGUUCUCGAAUCACACCUUUGUGGGCAUCGUUGACACUGCCAAGAGAAUCGCAGCAGUUCAGUCAGGUGUCAAGCUCUACCUAAUCGAUUACGGUAUGGUGUGUACGGAGUUGUUCUACCAGCUUGGGCUGUCAGACUUCAGCAACUUUGGUACAAUCAAGUUCAAGGAGCCACUGAGUGUCGCGGAUCUCUUACGUAUAGGAGCAGAAUAUGAGCAGUCGCGGACGCCUAUCCGCGAUCAAGAGCUUGACUGGAACGAGGUUGUACAAGUGACUCUGGAUCAACUGGUACAAAGCCGAGGUAUGCUCAAUGAGUACUUUGCUCUCGACAUAUCCGAGGAUGGUGAGCUGCAUAGCAUCCCUCUGAUACUCAAGAGAUAUAUGCCUUGCCUGGCCAAGCUUCCGACUUUUCUUCUCCGCUUGGGUCCUCACGUCAACUGGGAUGAGGAAAAGGACUGCUUCGACAGCUUUCUGCGAGAGCUUGCGUCAUUCUAUUCGCCGGAAUCGCUACCAUCAACAUCUACGACCUCGGAGCUUUCCCAAGAGGCACAAGAAGAGGCCAACAGACGCCGCAAGCAGUUGGAGAGAUCAGUCGAGAUUGCAGUCUUCCCUGCCUUCAGCAAAAGGCUCGUCGCAACAAAGGGACUUAGAAAAGCAGUCGUCGAAGUAGCAGAUCUCAAAGGACUGUAUCGUGUAUUUGAGAGAUGCUGA